AUGCCUGGCUUUCUCACGAAACUGGGACUUGGUUCGCCUGAGAUCAGCGAAGGUAUCGCUCUUGACGAGAUCCAGAGCUCUGGCACAUCUAGCCCCAAGGGCGAAAAGGACGAGAAGAACCUUGGUGUUUCAUCGGCACACGAAUUGUCAGAGGCAGAGGCUGCUAGGCGCUUGAAAGUCUUCAAGCACAAUGCUGAUGCACUUUGGGAUCCUAACCUUGAGAGUGAUGAUCUUCAUGCAGUUGACGAAGCUGUCGAACAUCAUGACAAGGAUGGCGAGAAUCAUCUUGUGAACGAGCUUCUGGAGAACAGUCCUUACCCAGAAGUCAGAGCUGCCGUCAGAAACUACGAUGUUGAUCUGUAA